AUGUCCAAAGCGAACAAUUUCAAUGCAGUUUUCUUGAGAAGAGAUGAAUCAUUUUCGAGGAAAAUAGAUGAGAAAGUGAGCAGUGUGGAGUCAAGAAAAGAUGAAAAGUGUGAGGAUAAUAUUAAAGAUCAACAUGAUGAUAAGAAAGUAGUAAAUGAGAAGCGCUCUACUAUUUUAAUUGAUAGCCUACCACCUAAGCUGCAUGAUCUUGGUAGUUUUACUAUUCCCUGUAUGGUAAACGACAUAUAUUUUUACAAGGUCUUGUGUGAUUUAGGUGCUAGUGUAAAUUUAAUGCCUUAUUCACUAUAUGAAAAAUUAGGUCUGAAAAAACUUAAACCUUCCCCUAUUUCUCUUCUAAUGGCUGAUAGGACUGCUAGACUCCCUAAGGAUGUGGUUGAGGAUGUAUUAGUUAAGGUUGGUGAACUUGUUUUUCCUGUUGAUUUUGUUGUUAUGGACAUGAAAGAAGACCAUAAGAUCCCGAUUAUAUUCGGUCGUCCAUUUCUUGCCGCAAGUCAAGCUCUAAUAGAUGUUCCUAAAGGACAAGUGACCAUUAGGGCCUAG